AUGACCGUCCUGUCGAACAAUGCGAUUCUACUCAGACGCUACGGAUUGGAUGAUCCUGAUGGAGGUAUCACUGUCAGCAAAGGCUCGCCAGAUGUGCUGCUCAACAGUGAAGACCGCAUACAACUGACACAAAGCAUUUCCAUCACACUGCGAUCAUUCCUCGAGCAGACGGAAGCAGCACCACUUGGUCGCACUCGCGAGGCGGAGGCUGCUCUUUUCGCCAAUCACUUCAAGCUCACGAGGCGGAUCCUCGGCAUUGGUGCGUACGCCUCUGUUCGUGUUGCGAUCAAACCAGAUACCGGUCGCCAGUAUGCGUGCAAGAUCGUUCGAGCGCCGGAGAAGAACAUCAACGGUAUACCUGAUAAGACCUCAAGAGAGUACAACGUUCUCAAAGACCUCUCGCAUCCCAAUAUCGUGUCGCUCGAAAAGGUCUUCCGCACAACAUACUCAAGCUACAUCUUCCAAGAGCUCAUCACAGGAGGCGAUCUGUUGUCCUAUCUCUGCAUGCAUGAUGGUUGUCUCGAAGAACCAGAAGCUGCCAUGAUCUCGAAACAGCUCCUCGAAGCCGUCGAAUACCUGCAUCUGCACAACGUCGUCCAUCGAGACAUCAAGCCCGAGAACAUCCUGAUGACCUCGUGGCGCAUGGGCGCCAGAGUCGUGCUGACAGACUUUGGCCAGUCGAGAAGUCUUGCCGACGUUGAAAGAGCUGCCAAACAUGCAGGUGCUUUCCGCAUGCACACACAGGUCAUUCAAGACGGAUGCGGCUACAGUAAAGCCAUCGACAUCUGGUCGAUCGGGUGCGUGACUGCCAUGAUGUUCCACAAAGUCCCGGAAUCCCCAGAGUUCUGCCAAUACGACCCGAGCGACUUCGAAAUGUCGCAGACCGACGACAGAUUCCACACCCUCGAUGACCCGAAGACCUGGGGUCACAUCAGCUCGAAAGCCAAGGGUUUUAUCAAAGGAUGUCUCGCUCCGCGAGAAGCUGAUCGCCUCACGGCAAGCGAAGGCCUGACUCACAAGUGGUUCACUUCCCUCCACCACCGAUCGGAAUUCGAAGCCGCAUAUGAGCGAGCUGUCGCCGACUGGAAACCUCGGCCCAACCAUACCAAUAUCGUCGAAUUCAUCGAUACAAGUCACAUCCAAAACGAAGAAGCAGUACGCUCCCAUCACUUCGAGCCUGCACUUCCUCGACCUGCUUCCGAGCCUCGCUCAACCGACCAAGCCGACAUGAUCGCUCGGUGGAGGGCAGACGAGGUCCACGCAAGCCCAGCAGCUUUCGUCAACUACACUGCUUCUCAAUACGAGGAAGAGAGUCUCGAUCUCCGCAGACUCUCACUCCAACCACCAGCCACAGCGCAACCAGAGUCCGCUUCGUACCCACAGAUCGAGGACUCCCAAGAUGAGUUUCGCGAUGCAUACAUCGACCAUGAUAUGGAGUUCGAUCUCGAAUCACAACUCUAUCAGGCGUCUCAGAAUCAGGCGAUCAAUCGUCGUGCACUUACCACUCAUGGCCAUUACUAA